GGAGCGGCGCUGCCUCCUCCUCCUCCCCGGGCCAGCCGCUGAGGCAGCGCUGCCCGCUCCCGGCCCCGGCCCGCUCCCGGCUCUCUGCCCGCCUCUCUCCUCCCUUCUUCCCUCCUCCGCCUGCUACCACCACGGAGCAGCCAGGUGGGACAGCCUGAGGGCACCGCGGGAGCCCGAGAGGAAGCCGGCGCCUCGAUGAGCUCCUAGCUCCCUCCCUGCCCCGUCCUCGCCGGCAGCAGUUCCAGGUGCGCGGGUCAGAGUAGAGCCGGGGACGCAGCUGGCUGCAAUGGCGUCCAACAUGGACCGAGAAAUGAUACUGGCUGAUUUCCAGGCCUGUACUGGUAUUGAAAAUAUUGAUGAAGCUAUAACGUUGCUUGAACAAAAUAACUGGGAUUUAGUGGCAGCUAUAAAUGGUGUAAUACCACAAGAAAAUGGCAUCCUACAAAGUGAGUACGGUGGGGAGACUUUACAUGGACCAGCAUACGGCCCCACAAGUCAUUCUACAGCAGCUUCUUCAACUCCUUCCUCAUCCUCAGCAUUUCGCCACGUAGUGCCAUCUAGACAAAUAGUGGAAAGACAGCCUCGAAUGCUUGACUUCAGGGUUGAGUACAGAGACAGAAAUGUGGAUGUAGUACUUGAAGACAGCGCCACAGUUGGAGAUAUCAAACAUAUUCUAGAAAAUGAACUUCAGAUUCCUGCAUCCAAAAUGCUAUUAAAAGGGUGGAAGACUGGAGAUGUAGAUGAUAGUACUGUUUUAAAAACUCUACACUUGCCAAAAAAUAAUAGUCUUUAUGUUCUAACACCUGACCUGCCUCCUCCUUCUUCAAGUCAUUCUGGGGCCCUGCAGGAGUCAUUAAAUCAAAACUUCAUGCUGAUUGUCACCCAUCGAGAAGUCCAGCGGGAGUACAACCUCAACUUCUCAGGAAGCAGUACCAUUCAGGAGGUAAAACGGAAUGUGUAUGACCUAACUAGUAUCCCUGUCCGUCACCAGUUAUGGGAAGGCUGGCCUCCUUCAGCCACAGAUGACUCAAUGACUCUAGCUGUAUCGGGACUAAGUUUUCCUUGCCAUCGACUUACAGUUGGAAGAAGAUCUUCACCCGUACAAACAAGGGAACAGUCAGAGGAGCAAUGCACUGAUGUUCAUAUGGUUAGUGACAGUGAUGGAGAUGACUUUGAAGAUGCUACAGAGUUUGGAGUUGAUGAUGGAGAAAUGUUUGGAGUAGCAUCAUCUGCCUUGAGGAAAUCGCCAAUGAUGCCAGAAAAUGCUGAAAACGAAGGAGAUGCCUUAUUACAAUUUACAGCAGAGUUUUCUUCAAGAUAUGGUGACUGCCAUCCUGUUUAUUUUAUUGGAUCACUAGAGGCUGCUUUUCAAGAAGCCUUCUAUGGGAAAGCUAGAGAUAGAAAGCUUCUUGCUAUCUACCUCCACCAUGAUGAAAGUGUGCUAACUAACGUCUUCUGCUCACAAAUGCUUUGUGCUGAAUCCAUUGUCUCCUAUCUGAGUCAGAACUUCAUAACCUGGGCAUGGGACAUGACAAAAGAAGCAAACAGAGCCAGGUUUCUGACGAUGUGCACUAGGCACUUCGGGAGUGUUGUAGCCCAAACAAUUCGAACUCAGAAGACAGACCAGUUUCCACUUUUCCUGAUUAUUAUGGGAAAACGAUCAUCUAAUGAAGUAUUGAAUGUAAUACAAGGUAACACAACAGUGGAUGAGCUAAUGAUGAGGCUGAUGGCUGCAAUGGAGAUCUUCAGUGCCCAGCAGCAGGAAGACAUAAAGGAUGAGGAUGAACGUGAAGCCAGAGAGAAUGUGAAGAGGGAGCAGGACGAAGCGUACCGCAUAUCGCUGGAGGCCGACAGAGCGAAGAGGGAAGCACAAGAGAGAGAAAUGGCAGAGCAGUUUCGCCUGGAGCAAAUUCGGAAAGAACAGGAGGAAGAACGUGAGGCUAUCAGGCUCUCUCUUGAGCAAUCUCUGCCUCCCGAACCGAAAGAGGAGAGCACUGAGUCUGUCAGUAAACUGCGUAUUCGGACGCCCAGCGGAGAAUUCUUUGAGCGACGUUUCCUGGCCAGCAGCAAGCUGCAGGUUGUCUUUGAUUUUGUAGCUUCCAAGGGGUAUCCUUGGGAGGAGUACAAGCUGCUGGGCACCUUUCCAAAGAGAGAUGUGACCCAGCUGGAUCCAAAUAAAUCCUUACUGGAGGUAAAACUGUAUCCUCAAGAAACCCUUUUCCUAGAAGCAAAAGAAUAGAUCAAACAAGAUUGUAGGACUGAUCAUCCUUUGACAAGCCAGAGGCACAGGAUCGAAAGGAAGACUUCCAUCACCACCACCUUGUACUAUCAGCCCACUCAAUUCGGUGUCACAACUUGGCCUCUCUUGCAAGAAACCUGAAAAAUUGACAAACCAUAGCUACUUAGUUUCACACACACGAGUGUAUGUUUCCAACCUCAUUUAAAUGAGCAGAGGAUAACAUUCUGCGAUGAACACUGAACAUUAUGACUCUGUUGCUCACUUAUCAUCCAGCUUUUGUUAUAAUUAAUGCACUGUCAAAAUGUGAGUGAUUGUUAAGUAGAAUUUUUACUCUUCAAAUGCCCCUUUUUCACCAAGAAAACUUGGACAUUUCUGCCUGUACUUUUGACACUAGAAUGCUGUAUAUUUGAUAUCUCGCUGAGCCAGUGCUCUCAUAUAUAUAUGCAUUUUAUUUCUGUGUUUGAAUUUCUACUCGGUCAACUAAUUUAAAAAGGCAGAAAAAAAAACAAAUUAAAAGGACAUUCUCAGCCAUGGAAAUUUAACAGUAUUAUAGUAGAAAGCAUAUAAUUUUUGUUAGUACUUUCUGACUUCUUUGAUAAGAUGUAAGGUUUUGUUUGAAGAAUAUAGUUUGACAUAUAUGCGAGAUAUUUAUUUACCGGUUCUGCUUUGGGUCUCAGUUCUGAUUCAGUUUGAGGAGUAUUUUCCAUUGCAGUGUGUGAAACUGCUUAUUGCAUGAUGUGAAUAUUUAAAUGACAUUAGGAAUGGCCAGUAUCAGAAACCUGGUAUCUUGCCAACUCUUCAGGAAUCAGCUGAUAUUGGAUAUCAGCUGUUAAAAACCUUUCAAAUAGCAGAUACAAAAGUUCUUUAUUUCUCAUUGUGAAAGAAAGGGCAGUUCCCACUUUAGCAGUUUCCCUUCAUUCUGCCACUCGUUUGUAUCCUGUUACUCUGCUGGUUUAAAGCACCUUGUUUGGUUCAUCAAAACAAUGAGUAUCUUAAGAGGUGGUGUAAUAAGAAAUCUGCCUUACUAUUGCACACUUUGGACAUUUUAACAAUAGGUUACUGAUCCCCUCUCAAAUUCAAGAAAUUCUGCUUGUUUUGUCUGUGAUGUAUGCACCAGCUACCUGCUAUGUGACAUGGAAAAAAACUGGUACUUCAAAUUUCUCAAGUAAAGAAUGAGCAUAGUGAGUAUGAACCCAACACACACACUUGAUGCCAAACCUGCAUCAGAACUGGUUUGGUUCUUCUUUU